UAUAAACCCUGUGAAAGAGCAAUUUCUGCUCUGCCUCGACACAGAAGUCACAGCAAUGAAGCUCUGCACUGCAGCAAUCCUGCUCCUCUUCUGCCUUGGCAUCUUCACUGUGCACACAGCGAAAGGGAGUGCUAGUAGUCAGUCCAUUCGCAAAUUCAGUUGCCUCACUUUGUCUCCAAAGCAACUGAACAUCCGAACYCUUGUGAGCUAUCAAAAGCAACAAGUACCAACAAAUGCCAUCAUGUUUAUCACAGCAAAAGGUAUCAAGAUCUGCAUAAGCCCUGAUGAGAAAUGGGUGAAGACUGCUAUGAAGAGAAUAGAUGAAAGACGUGCUGCCAAACGCAAAUAAUUCAAGCAUCUAAUGCCAACCAGCUGGAAUCAUCAUCAGUGCUGCAAAUAACAAGCAAGAAAACCUUCCUACCUGCUUUUGUUUCCUUGCUUUUAAUAAAUGGCAAUAAAGUCUUUGAACAA